UUUUGGAGCUCAGUCAUUUCUUGACUCUAGAAUCUAAAAUCUAGUUUUUGGUGUCCUUAAGGUCUACUCAGAAAGGCAAACCCUCCCUUGAAAAAAUUGAAGCUGCUCCUGAGAAUCUGCCUGGAAUGAAGUUAGAGGCCCAGGCUUCAGAAUCUUCACUUGCAAAAGCCUCAUCUGCUGAGAGUUUCUCAGAAAGCCAAAUUUUGGAAGACAAGGGCCCAGGAACCUGGUCUAUGAUAGCCUGGAUUUCAGAGGCUCAGGCUUUGGAGGCCCGGGCUGCGAGGGCUCAGGCCUGGGAGACUCAGGCUUGCGAGGCUCAGAUCAGGGCCAGCCAACCCAAGCAAACCUCACUGGACAUGGGAGCUGCCCCAGUCAUGAAACAGGAACUCUUACCUGAGAAUGUUCAGGUGCCACAGGAGGAAGAGAAUGAGGUCCUCCUUACCCAUCCACUCUGGUCCAACAAGGCUGAGUACAUCCUGACCCAGGCGGGCUAUGCCGUGAGGCCAGGCAAUCUCUGGCGUUUUACCUUCCUGUGGCUUCACAGCGGAGGCUGCAGUUUUUUAGUCAUCUACCUAUUUUUGCUGUUCUUGCUUGGGAUUCCUCUCCUCUUCCUGGAGAUGGCAGCUGGUCAGAAGUUGCGUCAGGGUAACAUUGGUGUAUGGAAGGUCAUCAGCCCCUGGAUUGGGGGUGUAGGAUAUACCAGCUUCAUGGUGUGCUUUAUCACCAGCUUGUACUUGAAUGUGAUCAAUGCCUGGACCCUCUUCUACUUGGGCCAGUCCUUCCAGUUUCCCCUUCCGUGGGAGAAAUGUCCCUUAAUGAAGAACUCCAGUGGCUUUGGUGAGGAGGAAGUGAAAGAUGAGAAGUGGGGAAACAGAGAGGUGGAAGGGAAUUUGGAAGAGGAGGAAGGAAUGAGGAGCGAUAAAGAAGGGGAGGAAGAUAGCGGAAGGAAGAAGAAGUGGGAGGGGGAAGAAGGUGAGGGAAGUGGGGGAGGGGCUAAAGAAGAGGGGAGGGUCACCCUGUCUGGCAGGCAUGUCCAGAGCCAGGUCCCCUCAGAUCCUGAAUGUGCACAGACAACGCCUUCCCUGUACUUCUGGUACCGGAUGACUUUGAUGGCCUCAGACAGAAUUGAGGAUGGGGGGCCACCAGUCUUCAGUCUGAGCCUGCCCUUAUUCAUGUCCUUGUGUGUUCUUGGUGCUUUCAUGAUUAAUGGCCUCAAGUCCAUCGGGAAGGUAAUAUGUGUCUUGGUAUCAGCUAGCUAUCUCAUCAUCCUCUGUUUCCUUAUCCGGAGUCUACUGCUGGAGGGGGCAGUAAAUGGCCUUCAAUAUUUGGCAGUUGCCGAGAUAUCGAGUAUGUACAACGUGAACGUGUGGUGCCGAGCAGGGAACCACGUCUUGUUUUCCUUGGGCCUCGGCUUUGGCGCCAUUGUCUCCGUAUCCUCACACAUGCAACCAUCCAACAACUGUCUCAGUGAUGCCUUUGUUGUGGCUGUGAUUAACCUGAUCACCAUGCUGCUUGUCACACCUUUUAUCUUCUCUGUCCUGGGCUUCUGGGCCACAGUCAUCACGCACCACUGCAGUGAGAAGAAUACUGAAACACUUUUGAAGCUGGUAACCCUGGGGAUACUGCCUCCUGAGGCCCAGCCCCCUCCAAACCUGCAAGGUAACCCGACCUCCAUCUUCACCUCCUGGUUCAACAGCCUUUCCCACUCCAUCCAGAGGAAGAUCCUCAGCCAUGUGCCUGAGUGCAACUUGGAGAAGCAGUUUUUGAAGAUUAGGGAGAGCACAAACUUUGUAUUCCUGGCCUUCACUGAAGCCAUGUCAUUUAUUCCUGGGUCUUCCUUCUGGUCCUUCAUCUUCUUCCUGAUGUCGUUGGCCCUGGGGCUGAGCACCAUGAUAGGGAUCAUGCAGGGCAUCAUUACUCCACUCCAGGACGUCUUUUCUUCUUUCAAGAAAUAUACAAAGUCUUUUACAGUGGGUGUCUUUAUGCUUAUGUUCCUGUGUGGCCUCUUCUUCACUCGACCUUCAGGCAUCUACUACAUCAUACUGCUGAAUGACCACUGGACAGUCCUCCCCAUAAUCAUCAUCAUCAUAUUUGAAAACUUGGCUGUGAGCUGGCCCAGUAAUGCCAGGAGUUUCUUUGCAGACUUGGCUAUCCUGUGGGGCCAUCCCAUCUACCCCAUCAUUCGUUGGCUGUGGUCCUAUCUGUCUCCAAUUAUGCUGCUAAUCCUGUUUGUGAUUAGUUUGUUUCGACUGUCUCUGAAGACCAAGACCUAUGUGGCCUGGGACUCAAGCAGUUCAAAAGAAGUGAUUCGAGAUUACCCAUCAUGGGGGCUGAUCGGAAUGUUUGCCCUUUUACUCGUUGUCAUCCUCCCCAUUCCCACGUAUUUUAUAUAUUGCCUCAUCCAUGGGAUUCCUUCAACUCCACCAGCUGGGACAGACCUAUCCCCCAAACCCCUACCCCUAAGUGUCCAACUAACACCCAUUAAAGAGGUCCAAAAGGAGGAAAUCCUACAAGGUGAUGUUCAAAUUGCUGAUCAACCUGUCGUAUGACUUCCUAACUUUAUUAAUUUGGACUGACGUCACAUAUCCCUCAAAACAGAUCUAACAGGCAACUCUUAAUACGAACUUGCAACUGUUGAUGUCCCUGGACAAGGAACUGAUUUUAUUCCCAAGGGUACGGGCGUUAUUUUGGGGGGAGCUCACGGGGCCUGCCUGGCUUUGCAAUCCUCCUUAUAGACCCCAUCCUCCCUGGUUACCACUUUCAUUGUGUUUUCCGCAUCCUCUUCCUCAGUAUAUACACAUGCCCAUUAUGUAUGCCAUUGGUGAUGCCUAUAGAACCUGCUUCUCAACCGGUCUACCCAGCUCAUGGAAUGAAGCUGGAGGAGUAAUGCUGCUGGUCAAUAAAUCAGUCCACUGGGAUUCCAAGCACUGGGUGAGCUCAACCUCUUUUCU